UGUGUAUUCCAUUUUUCCCAUCUUCAAGCUUUUAGGGUUUUUAUUUCUCCUCGCUAUAAUGUUGUAAACGCUGAGUCAAAGUUCGGAGCUUUACUGUGUUUUUGGGCUUGUACGAGCUCGAGAAUGACAGUCGCGGGUUUCGACAUUGGGAACAAGAACUGUGUAAUAGCAGUGGCCAAAAAGCGUGGCAUAGAUGUCCUGUUGAACGAUGAGUCUAAACGUGAAAAUCCCACUAUCAUCUCAUUCGGUGAAAAACAGAGGUUUUUCGGCUGGGCUGGGGCUGCAUCUGCCACUAUGCACCCAAAAUCGACCAUUUCACAGAUCAAAAGGCUCGUCGGACGUGAGUUUAACGAUCCCUCUGUACAGGAAGACCUCAAGCUUUUCCCGUUCAAAACCUCCGCAGGCCCUGAUGGUGGAAUCUUGAUCCACCUUCAUUACCUAGUCGAAAAACAGAUUUUCACGCCUGUUCAGAUUCUAGCUAUGCUUCUAUCUCAUUUAAAGCAGCUCACAGAGAAAAAUCUCGAGACGCAGAUCAAAAACUGUGUGAUUGGCGUGCCUUCUUACUACACGGCCAACCAGAGAAGAGCUUAUCUCCACGCAGCUGAGAUUGCGGGCCUGAAGCCCGUGAGGUUGAUCCAUGACUGUACGGCUAUCGGGCUUGGAUAUGGUAUAUAUAAGACAGAUUUUCAUAAGAGAGGCUCGACGAAUGUUGUUUUUGUCGAUAUAGGCCAUAGUGAUACCCAAGUUGCUGUGGUCUCAUUCGAGCCUGGACACAUGAAGGUUCUAUCUCAUGCUUUUGACAGCAAUUUAGGCGGACGGGACUUUGACGAGGUUUUAUUCCGACAUUUUGCCUCUCGAUUUAUGGAACAGUACAAAAUCGAUGUUUGUUCGAGUGCACGCGCUUCCGUAAGGCUGAGGGCCGCGUGUGAGAAGCUGAAGAAGGUCCUGAGUGCUAACCCGGAGGCUCUUCUCAGCAUUGAAUGCUUGAUGGGUGAAAAAGAUGUUAAGGGAUAUAUUAAGAGGGAAGAGUUUGAGAGGCUGGCAUCCGAUUUGCUGGAGAGGAUCAAGAUUCCUUGUCGUAAGGCUUUGAACGAAUCUCGAUUGACAGUUGAUAAGAUUCAUGCAGUGGAGCUUGUUGGGUCGGGUUCGCGGGUCCCUGUGAUUACGAAGAUUCUGAACUCGUUAUUUCGGAAGGAGGCUGGACGGACUUUGAAUGCGAGCGAGUGUGUAGCUAUUGGCUGUGCAGUUCAGGGUGCGAUGCUUAGUCAUGUGAGAGAUUAUAAGGUGCAGGACUGCUCCCCAUUCUCAAUUGCGUUUGCAGCAGAUCAAAGACCUGUCUGUUCAUUGGCAGGUCGCGUGUUGUUUCCUAAAGGCAGUGUUUUUCCUAGUGGAAAGAUUCUUACAUUCAGGAAUGAGAUAUUUUACAUGGAAGUCUUCUAUGCAAAUCAUAAUGAGCUGCCACCUGGUGCCUCGUCAAAUAUUAGCUCUUUUAAGGAAUGGAGUACAGCUUUGGACUUUGCUCUAUUUCGUACUUCUCUUUAUUUAAAAAUGACCGAUCUCUCUUUUCAGAUUGGCCCAUUUAGAGUUUCUCAUGUAGAGAAUACGAAAAUCAAACUUAAAGUUGUGCUAAACCUUAACGGGAUUGUCUGCAUAGACUCUGCCUCUUUGAUAGAUUAUCAUGUGAAUGAAUGCAAUGUGAACAGCAACAUCAAUAUCCAUAAUGUGGAGCAAAGCAAUAGCAAGUCUUUCAACAAAGCAAAUGGUCAUUUAGGUCAUGAAAUUAGAAGGUUAAAGGCCAUCGGAAGGCAGGACAUAUUUAUUGAUGAAAAUGCAUAUGGUGGAAUGACACGUGGCGAGCUCUCACAUGCUCAAGAGAAAGAACUUCAGUUAGCUCAGCAAGACUUAAAGAUGGAAAGGACCAAAGAUAAGAAAAAUGCUCUUGAGGCGUAUGUUUACGAAACGCGAAAUAAGCUUCUAAGUUCUUACCGGAGCUUUGCCACUGAUGCCGAAAAAAAAGCAAUUUUGAAUAAUUUACAACAGACUGAGGAAUGGAUUUAUGCAGAUGGGGACGAUGAGUGUGAAUCUGUGUAUACUGAAAAGUUGAAGGAAUUGCAGAAGAUGGUGGAUCCAAUUGAAUAUCGAUAUAAAGAUGGAGAAGCCAGGGCAUCUGCUACCAAAAACCUGAUAAAUUCUAUAGCGGAGUACCAUAUUGCUGCAAGAUCACUUCCAACUAGUGAAAAAGACUUUAUAAUUGGAGAAUGCAAGAAAGCAGAGGAGUGGCUUAGAGAAAAGAAUGCAGAUUGGUCUGGUGAAAUCAAGAGGAGAGCUCAGGUUCUUGAUGAGAUGUACAAACGUGCGGUGGAUGGGAACAAGUCCCCGUCCCCACAAUCAGAUGGUUCUGUAAAACCACAGACGAGAAGUAAAAGGGAUGACAUGGAAGUCGAU